AUGUUUCAUGCCGCUCUAGUUCGUCGAUGCGUUCCCUUUGCUACCAAGUCUUGGGCUACUCCCUUGGCUAUUGCUAGUUCUUCCCUUCGAUUGAACCACUCAUCUGCUACUGGCGAGCCCAAUUUUUUGCAAAGCGUAGAGAUCUUUUUUGAGCGUGCAGCAAAGCAUUCCAAUGUCAGCAAAGAGGCACUUGCUCAUAUCAAGCGCACUGAUGGUAUUCUUUCUGUUACAUUCCCAAUAGAGCUGCCUGACGGAACCACUGAGAUUGUCCAAGGAUACCGUGCUCAGCACUCUCGCCAUCGUACACCUGUUAAAGGCAAGUCUAGCGGUAUUCGUUACUCGGCCGAUGUCGAUCUCCAAGAAGUCGAGGCAUUGGCGUCUUUGAUGACAUAUAAGAAUGCUGUUGUCGAUGUUCCCUUUGGUGGCGCCAAAGGAGGAGUAAAAAUAGACCCCUUAAAAUACGAUGAGCGUACGAUUGAGCGCAUUACCAGACGAUUCACUCUUGAGCUAUGCCAAAAAAAUUUCAUUGGCCCCGGUAUCGAUGUCCCAGCUCCUGAUAUGGGUACAUCGGGCAGAGAAAUGUCUUGGAUUUUUGACACUUACCGCCAGUUUAAUCCCAGCGAUGUAAACGCUGCCGCUUGUGUAACCGGCAAGCCCAUUUCUCAAGGUGGAGUUCGUGGUCGCACCGAAGCCACGGGUCUUGGUGUAUUCUUUGGCAUUCGUGAGUUUCUUGGUUUUAAAGAAAUUCAACAGCAGACUGGUUUGAGUGGCAAGAUUGAAGACCUCAGUGUUGUUGUUCAAGGUUUUGGCAAUGUCGGCUACUGGGCUGCACGCUUUUUGAGCUCACAUGGUGCAAAGAUUAUCGGUGUUGCAGAAUACAAUGGCGGAAUCUACAAUGAAAAUGGCCUCGAUAUUGAGGCUCUUCUUUCUCAUCGUAAUGCCACAAAGACAUUUGAAGGUUUCGCAGGAGGCUCUUUUGUCAAAGAUAGUGUCAGUCUUUUGGAAAAAGAAUGCGAUCUUUUGGUUCCUGCUGCUUUAGAACAGCAAAUCCACCUUGGUAAUGCUUCCAAAAUCAAGGCCAAGAUUGUGGCCGAGGCUGCCAAUGGUCCUAUUACUCCUGCCGGACACGAUGUUCUUAUCCAGCGUGGCAUUCCGGUGCUUCCCGAUCUUUUGAUGAACGCUGGAGGUGUCACAGUGUCUUACUUUGAAUGGCUCAAGAAUCUGAGCCAUGUCCGUUUUGGUCGUAUGAAUAAGAGAUGGGAUGAGCAGGGAAAGUCCAAGCUAUUGAAUUUGGUUGAGGAAGUUGCUGGCCGUCAGCUUUCUGUGACAGAGCGUCGCCAAGUUACUACUGGUGCUGAGGAGCACGAUCUUGUUUAUUCUGGGUUGGAAGACACCAUGAUUGUUGCUUGUGCUGAGACCCAUACUACAGCUCUGAAAAAGGGAAUUGACCAUCGUACUGCGGCUUUCUCAAAUGCCAUUGCCAAGAUUGCAGCCACAUACGAAGGUAGUGGCAUGAUUUUUAUGAAGUAAUUGUUUCCUCGAGUAUAAAUAAUAAACGUGGCCAACAACAAA